AUGGGAAGCUCUGUCAGAUCAAUGUCUCACAUGAUAAAAAGUGACCUUAUGUACAUUUCGAAGAAUGACAGGAAGAAGGCUAACCACUUCCCUAAAAAUAAUCAGAGUGGACCGAUGCAAAUUGCUCCUUGGCCAUUACACCAAUGUCUCCUCUUCCAGGAGUGGUUUCUUAUACUCGCCAACGGGCUAUUGGCUUGCAAGGCAAGACAAAGGCAACAGCCCUUUGACGACAAACGAAGCACUAUUUUCAUUAAGUCUCUCUUCGGAGGUAGUCGUAAAGGUGAUAAAGGGAACCUAUUAAAUCUGUAUCAAGUUCUAACGACCUUCCCAAAGACCGACGCAGAACUAAUUGACGGUCGAACGAACUUGGGACGAUCCGAAAUUCCAGAAGAGUCUCAUAUCGGACGCUGGGGCUCCCGUGCUGGGAAUGGUGUGAACUUUGCAAAUCCUCCGGUUCUGAAGACCGCGGACGGACUAUAUCUGACUGUAAUGAGGCGGACUAUCUGCCUAUCUGGCCUUGCUUCAACCGCAGAGGUACUGACACCCCGGGGUCAGCAAGGCUACAGCUUAUCUCUACGAGCUGAGAACCUGAUUCUGCAAUAUAAUUCUAUCUACACUCCAAUUAUUGAUAAUCCAAUCAUCGUUUGCUUACGACAUGGAAGAUAUCCGAUAGCUCUCCCCUGGUUGGUGGAAGUAGCUGAAGACUCCAGAGGGCGUUGGCUGGAGGUUCCAGGAACCGCAGACAAAGGCCGUGAUAUUAGAGUAACAGGACUUGGCCAUUGUGCUCCUGUUCCUCGGGGCAUCUCCACCUCGCCUGUUAGCCACCGCGUCCUCUCAGCGGUUUAA